AAGUCGAGCCUGUCAUGAGGUCCUAUGAGGCACCGGCCCAGGCCACGGAGGGCGGCACUCUGUGAUCCGGGGGGGAGCGUCCCGUGAGCCGUGCGCAUGGACUCUCUUCGGAGGGUUGGCGCGCACAGACCCCAGCGGAGGGGCCGGGGAGCUCUCCAGGUGCGGAGGAUCACCUGGUAAAAUGGGGAGAGGAGGAACUGGCUCUCGAACCACAAGCAAGGCGGAUUACCUAUGUAUGAAGUCGAGCUUGUCAUGAGGUCCUAUGAGGCACCAGCCCGGGCCACGGAGGGUGGCACUCUGUGAUCCGGGGGGGAGCGUCCCGUGAGACGUGCGCAUGGACGCUCUUCGAAGGGUUGGUGUGCACAGACCCCAGUGGAGGGGGCGGCAAGCUCUCCAGGUGCGGAGGAUCACCUGGUAAAAUAGGGGGAGGAGGAACUGGCCCUCGAACCACAAGCAAGGUGGAAUACCCAAGGAGGAUGGUUACUCUUUGGGUCCGCUCGGUCCCUACAAACUUCUUGACACUGGUAAUAUGCUGUCGGUUUCGUAUCCCAAUCCGCCUAUGGCUAGGUGGCCCCCACUCGUUGCGAGGCGGCGUCAUUGACCCUUGGGUUGGGGAGGGUAGGAUUCAGGCCCAUUGGAACCAGGGAAAAAGAGGAGGACCCAAUCGGAGCACUCCCUACAAGGGGUCUGAACCAAAUGGGUGCUCAACCAAUGCCAUAAAGAAGUUGAUGUCGGUGCAAGUUGCAAAACUCAUAUGCAGUGGUUGAGACGGUCAACUCUUUUUCAGGGGGAAAGCUCGAAGCUCACUUGAGGCCAAAAACCUGGAAAGAGACCCAUGUUGACUGUGGACGAUCUCGGUCGGAUGCAGGACGAUGCACGGGUCCCUGAACAUGUUAGUAGGUCAAGGACGGUGUGUUAUAGAGUUUUCUUAACGUGGAAUGACAAUUGGAAGCAUGGUGAUGCCACGUGGGAGUUAAUGCUUUCGAUCGCAAUCGAUCGUAGCCGUCGAAUAUUGGUAGAAUUACCCAGAUAACCAAAUGGGCAGUAGGGAUACUACCGCACCACAGCUUCCUUGUCUCCAGCGAAUCCUUCGCCGAUAAUUACAAACCCCGUCGUCGUGUAUUGUAUCCGCACAGUAACACUACGAUAUUCACGCGGCUGCAAGUUGGCAAGCCGAAUCUUCUGCAUAGCGCCAAACUUGUCCGUAGUUCCACAACUGUAGAUCGCUCGUUUAAUUCCACAUGAGUCGUGACACUCGCAGAAACACGCGUCCGUAUUUCGCAAAGUCAACGAACUCCAGCCAUUCGUCAAGUGCGAGGUCAUUCGCGUUGCGACACAUGCAAGAACACGCGUCUGUGUCUAACGAAAGUCAGCGAAGUCCAUCAGCUCAAGGACGAACUCUCAAUCAGUCCUGUAACCGUAGUCGAUUUCGCCUCAGGCGGUCAAUAUAAACGCACCUUCAACUUUCGCAAACUCCUGCGAAAUUCCUGAAAUGCCAACUCGAAUCUGUCUGUCGAUUCAGUCUGUCAAACAGCAUCUGUCCGUCGAUGCUCCUGCAGCGGAUUCCACUUGUCAAGGGGAAAUCCAAAAAAAACAACUGCUGCGCAGAUGCUCUCUCCCCCCUCCAUGAAAAGAAAAGGGAAAGUACAUCGGCGCUAAGUAUUAGGGUCCCCGCUAUUACGUACGGUCAGUGGAACGCUAUAGACAAUCAGAAUUAGUGAGUUCGUCACACGGCUAGUCAGUCGGGUUCCACGGUUAGUCAGUGAUUGCUGGUAAACAUUUCUACGAAUGGUCCGUAGACGUAACCCCCGCCCAUUUUGGGCUGUUUUCCCACUUGCGGCAGCCCAACAACCAAACGACUGUAAUAAUUGCGAGGGGCGAUAUUUUUUUCGCGCCAGCCUGGCGCUGCACAUUUCGCUCUCACUCCAACCCGCUUUUCCGACUGCAACAGUAACCCGAAGCUCCAUUUAUUGAAUGCACUCCAGAGCAGAGGUGAAUCCGCCGUGUGCCCGUACUCAGGUCAGCGCAAACGCUAUCGUAGUUGGGCGAAUUAAUUAGUCUAAUUCGCGGGCAACAGCUUUGCAGCUUACUUGAGGGAUUCUCCUUCCCCUCCCUCAAAAAAUCGUCUCUUCAAGAAAUCUGCUCCAAACUGCAGCAAAUUUCUUCAACAGCUGCUUCCACAAACAAAAAAUACCCCCGUAGGCCGCUGUUCACCCAGCGCCCACGUUCGUCAUCCUCAAAACAGUAGCGCGCACGUUCUUUUGAAAAACUCGCAGCUCCGUCGUUCUCGGCGACACAUCCUCGCCGUUCGUAUCGGACUCGAGCUCCGCGUACCGUCCGAUCGUCGUCACAAAAAUCUUUCGUUAUUUUCGUUAACCUUCUUCUCGCGCCUCACACUGUACUGCGUCCGAUUUUCACCAAUCGUUCGCCUGUCCAGUAGCGCAGAAAAUGUUUCGAUCCACCAGCACAGAGUGAUCCGCUGGCUCAUCCUCCCUUAUUCGUCAGGGAGCAGUCGAUAGCAUGUAUCGUACUACCACCCGGUGGAGAUGUUGAAGAUCGGGCGACCCAGCCAAGUCAGUCGGAGGAUCCGUUUGCCGCUGACUCUUAAUUUUUCCCGGCUGUUAUCCAGUCGUUCUCCUUCUCUGCUACAGCUCUUCGUCGUUGACUUUUAGUAGAGACCCGGCGAUGACACUUAAACUCGAUCCGAGGGUAGUUUCUGGUCGUCCUCCGUAGAUCGUGGGGUAUAAGUUCUGACCACGAAAAUGGCUUCCUCUGCGGGGAUCCAGACUCGCUGAGCUCGAAACUCCAGGGCAGACGAAUUACACCUCCGGGCAGGCAGGUCACGCGAAACAAUUUCGAGGUCAGUACUCCCCAAAAAUCUUCCGUGCCUGAGCCCCACGUGUGCUGCCGUGCGAUCCUUGGUCAUGCCGAAAACUCCAACGCCAUGUUGCUGAACAGUAUCCGAAGUCCCGUCUUCACCGGCGUGUCGCAUGCCGGAAACGCCGAGCCCUUGACAUCAGCUACACUUCACCAUGCAGCCACGUCUGCUAUACGCGCUCCUGACGAACUCCAUUUCACCUGGGAAUAUCCGCGAGCUUGUCGUCUCGUGACGAGCUCCUCGCUCCAUUCGGACACCAAGCCGAAUCGUCGUUGCUGCUUGCCGAAAAUCCCGAAAUUGCAAACGAAGCCACUUAACGAUAUGCGAAAUGAGCAGCAUACCGGAAACACUCUUCAAAUUUUUCGCCAUGUCAGGAUGGACACAACCGCCCUCGAGGGGAUGGCUCUCCUCCCCAAAAAAAAACAAGGGGCGACGAAAUCGUCUUAGGGUUGCGGAGCUCUAUUGCAUUAAAAAAAAAGACAACAAAACUACUUGUGCUAGUAUACUACAAAAAAAAUAACCCAUUCAAAUUCAU